CUGAUGUUUUGGAAAGUGGGUAGUCCUGAUAUCCUUUCCGUAUUCCCUGACAAGUGUGUAGUUUUCUAAUGGCGAUAGCGUACCCGACAACCUGACGUUUUCGAAUACUUUUCUGCAAGCUCCCACCCCUUCCCCGGCGCACAUGUCACAACCACCAUACUCCCUCAGGCCACCUCUCGUUGGAGACAAGGACAUUUUCUAUGGCGGGGUCGACACGUAUCACGCGUUCUCACGGGGCAUGUGCUGUCCACUAUGUGGACGGUUGUCUUGUCGCGAACUCUGGGAAGGCUGGGAAUGCCCAACAUGCGGUUUUACCCAUAAGCCAAGACGCAGCGUGUUUCACUCUGUACAACUGCGCGACCCUUUUCGACCUUUGUACACUGGGAUUCCCAUCCCCCAGAACUAUGUUAAACCCGGCUCGGAAGUCCAGUCGUCCCGAGUUGACGGAGGUCAAGAUACACUGAUCAUGAAGUACGAGCUUGGCAGCAGCGGCUGUGUGUAUCACAUAAUGAGAAGCUCGAUUCAACUGCAAGACGCUGAUCAGUUGUUUGAAGACUAUCAAACCGGGGCUGUACUUUUCAGGCGGCAUCCGCUGAAAACAACCAAAGUUUCCGGAGGUCGGUUUUUGCAGAACCAGUUCACUCAUAAUGCUGGAGCACAUUACAACCAUGUUGUUGCAAUGGAAAGCACGCCUCUGGAACACGCAUCGCCUGUCAUCAAUCGCACGUUGAACGUUCUUCUGCAAUCGGUUCGUGCAGUAGAACCUGGGGCAGAGUUUAAUGAGCUUCUUUCGAUAGCCUAUAUGAAGCAUCAGAAGAUGGAUUAUCACGAUGAUGGCGAACCCGGGGUUGGCCCUGUAGUUGCCUCCUUGUCACUUGGAAGCCCGGGGAUCAUGCGGUUCAGGCCAAAAGUUAGGAGACCAAGCUUGAUUGCUCAACGCGAGCAGACACAACAACCAUGUGUUACAGAAGAGCGGGCAUAUGAUUUAUAUCUGGAGAAUCCAGACAUUGCUAUUCCGGAACUUGCUGAUUUUAGCGAGCAUCGCACCUCUGCGAACCUUCAUUCCAAUCCCAUGUUACGUCAAGCCAAAGUUUCUCACGGUGUUGGUGGACGAGAUGUACUACGCUUAACUCUAAAUCAUGGUGACAUCAUGAUUAUGACUGGAGGCUGCCUGCAGCAGGAAUAUGAGCAUGCACUCUAUAUGACUGAAAAUUCUGUCAUGAGAAUCUCGGCAACCGCACGGUGUAUUUCAGUGGAGAACGGAGGUGGCAGCAGUCGCAGGGCUUGUGACAACCACAAACCCGCCCGACGGCAAAACCCUGUGCUUGUCGACAUCCGCGAACGAUUGGAUGCUGCAGCGCGGGCAGGUGAUCCCGAGGGGAGUUAAAACUCAAUUGAGGGAUGUGGUUCGGGGAAGUAAAGGGGUUGUUGGGGGUGUGUGGAUCUAUAAUGACACGUUUAGGCCGAAGGCGAUGGAUAUUAUACAUGUGCGGAAGGAGGUUAUGCUGAUCGCAAUUUACCCGCUCACCCACGCCCUAACCUUCUCGGCACCUGAUGGACAGACAAUACAUGCCAAGGCUGAUUCGGUGAUGGUCACAAUUCCGGAUGUCUUGACGCCGACUACAUCGGAAACUCGGUUAUUAGAUAUUGAUGGUCGCGUGGAGAGGAAGGAGAGACCCAACCGUAAUGCAUGGAAGUCGUUUAGGGUUCCGAGAAAUGGGCAGGAUUAGGGGACAUUGUCUGAGAUUAG